AUGGCAGAUACAGAGAUAAAGGUGUUCUCGCCAGAUUUGAGGAUUCAGACUAAUUCUGUGUCCUCGACGAAGAAUGACAAUGGUAUUGUGCUCGUCCCUCAACCAAGCGAUGACUCGGAGGACCCAUUGAACUGGCCAAUGCACAGGAAGUUGCUUGUGUUCGCCUCCAUUUGCCUGGCUGGUUUCGCAGCCCAGAUGUCGCCGAAUUCCAACCAGCUCACGUUUAUCUAUCAAAUACCGGCUUAUCACAGCACGCAAGCCGCGCUACUUAAUUCUGUGGCGGCAGGUCUUGCAGGCUGGGUUGCCGGUCCGUUCUUUUUCAUCCCCUUUGUUGCGGUAGUCGGUCGCAGUUCGGUUGUGCUCUGGAGUCUGGCGGUUAUUUUUGUAUGCCAGAUCUGGGCGGCCGAGAUGACCGGUCCAGAUGAUUAUAUCUCGUUUACUAUCUCGCGGCUCAUCUGUGGCCUUUUCGGUGGCAUCCCCGCUAUCCUGGGCAGUGGGUACAUCAUGGACAUGUUCUUUUUGCACCAACGAGGCAAGGCAUUCGCAAUCUUUGAAGUGCUUAUUAUUUUUGCGGUUGUUGGUGGUGGCACCCUAGGUGGGUUUAUUGCUGAAACUAAGCCCUGGAAUUAUGUCUUUUGGUGGACCCUGGGCCCCGUUGGCAGUGCCAUCGUGGCUGUUUUUCUCUUCGUUGAGGAUACUACAUUCCCUCGCCGUGAUUCCAUGCUCAGGCGUGCACCUCUUCCGAGGAGCUGGUUUAAAAACCGUGUUGCAACCUUCCUGCCUGGCACAAAGACUCAGCCCUCUAACAAAUGCAAAGAACUGGUAAGGCACAAGCCCUACAAGAGAAGAAAAACCAAGACUAACGAAAAGUCACGAUCUCAGGUCCGCCGGGUAAUCAUUCCAUUCCAAAUCACAUUUUCUCCUAUCACUCUUCUGACGGGUACAUACAUUUUUAUUGCCCUCGGUCUUCCAAUUAUGCAAGCCUCGACACUAGCAACCUACCUCGAACCACCCACCGAAGCAGGCGGGUACGGCUUUUCAUCGCUUCAAAUGGCAUUCUUCACCAUGACCGCCUGGGUCGGCAUCAUCGGGGCGCAGGUCUACGGCUUCUUGUUCAACGAUAAGAUACCCUUAUGGCUGGCUCGUCGCCGUGGCGGAACAUGGCACACUGAGUACAGAUUGGCCAACACUGUCCUACCGAGCAUCAUCCUCCCCAUUGGACUGGGGAUCUACGGCGCGGGACUGGAGUAUCACCUCCACUUCAUGGUUCUGGCGCUAGGCUCGUUCCUGAUCUGGUUCGGUGCUCUGCUAGCUCUUCCUGUCUGCUACAAUUACAUCAUCGAAGUCUCAUUUGGGCUGAUGUCUGUUUUCAUUGUGACGCAGUGGCAGGGCUCUGUUGGUGUCGGAUGGAUGUGGGGGAUGGGUGCUUUCUUUAUACUCUUCGUGGAUAUUAUUAUGCUGGGGAUCAUUCUCAAGGGUCACUUGGUUCGAAAAGUGGACGGGUAG